CGCUUGCGCUCUGCUUACUGUUUUGUCGGAAGAGUAUUAAAUCAUUUACCACAACUUUCAAUGGCGUCAAAAGGAAAGAAGAAUAAAGUGAGAACGAAUUCAGAUCUGUCCAACCAAGUUCUUCUACAAUAUGAAAGCCUUCAAAAGGAACAUGAGAAAAUUAAAAAAGAGUGUAAAAAAUUGCAAGAGGAGAGAGAUGAGGCCUUACGGAAGCUGAAUGAAUUUGAAUCUGUGUCACACAGGGUUAUCGAGGAGGUAAACAGCAUUCAGGAGAAUUUAGAGAUCGAGAAGACAUGCAGAGAGAGCGUGGAGGCUUUGGCCUCAAAGUUAAACAGGCAGAACCUCUCUCUGAAGAGGAAGAGUAUGCUCUAUAUGUCUCGCCUUGCUGCUGAUGUGGUCGCUGAGAUCAGUAUUGAUGAUGAGGAUGAUGAAGAUGCACAUGAGGAGGAGGCUGGCGUUUGUAGCUCCUCCCACUGUCAUAUUGUCAUCACAGAGCUGAGGGAUAAGCUAGAGGAGAUCCUGGCUACGAAGAAGCAGCUCAUGAUCGAUCUGGAGACGACAAGAGAGCAGCUUUCCAAAACCAGACAGGAACUCCUGAAAGAGAAACAUGAUAAUACUGUUUUGAUAGCUGAAACAUUCCAACAAAAGAAGCUCUUGGGCAAAUACAACAGAGUUUCUCAAUAUGCUUUAGAUGAGUUUGAGUCCUUGCAGGAGGAUCUGAAGCUUGAGAGGGAUUUGCGUUCUGAAGCGGAGAAGUUUGCACAUGAGAUGCUCAUAGAACAGAAGAAGCUGAAAAGACAAAGCCAGGUGUUGGUCCAGAGUAUUUCCGUGGGUGAAGCUCUACAGAAAGCUCUGGCAGAAAUCAGCACACUGACACACACUCUGGAGAAACAGAGACUGGAGCAUCAGCAACAGGUGAAGGGUCUUGAAGAGCAGGUAAACAGCAGUGAAGUAAAGAAGCAGCUGACGGCGCUACAGAGACAGACAGAUCUGCUGGAGGAGGAGAGAAAAGAGUGGCAGCACAAACACACUAAAGCUGAAACCGAAGCCAAAGACCUCAGAUUCACAGUGGAGGAACUGAAAAAAAAGCUCCAGCAGGUCUCCAACCCUCCAACUGCUGCCCCAGCACCACCUCCUCCUCCACCUCCACCACCUCCUCCACCUCCACCAUCUAGUUCCUCAAGCAACCCACUCAGCUCAUUGCUAUCAAUACUUCGUAAGAAAAAAGAUGUGAGCACUGAAAUCGCAUUAGUGGAAAAAGACUCCUCUGAGAAAUCCCCAGAGAAGGACGUCAGACAGCAGGCUGUGGAUGAGAUGAUGCUGCGUAUUAAAAAAGGAGUUCAACUUCGACCGGUUUCCCAGACAACCAACAGAGUCAGACCAGGACCGAAAGAACCAACGGCAUCUAAUUCUGCCAUACAGGAACUUCAGGGGAUCUUGAACACAGUCAAGCGUCCAGGCCCCUCCUCCUCUCCUGGGCCACGCCCCCCAUCGCCAUCAGAAAAGUCAGAGCUGGAGAAAGCCCUGCAAAGAAGGAGGGAAGCAGUGAAGUCUGCAAAGAAUAAUACGAAUCCCAGCAGUGUUGUGGAUCUGACCCAAAUUAAGCAGACCCGGUCAGAACCAGGGCAGAACACAGGGGACCAGGAAACACUACGGCACACAACAACCACUAUAUGCACUGAGCAGCUCUCAUAGGAGAUCAUAGAUAAUUCUGGAGCACAUGGAAGCGAAAAAGAAACUCGGGAAGGAAAAUGACAGACUGUCUCUCUCUCCAUUUUAAUUAACUUCAUUUUGUGAGAAAAAUUAGAUCUCAAUCACACAAUUAAUACAGAGUCUGUUAUGAAAUAAUCACUGUGACAAAUAUAAAUAUAUAUUUCGCAAA